CCUCGCCCCCACUAUUUAUUUACCGUACACCCAUUGACGCCAGUGCAGUGUGUACCUCCACGCCCCCCUCUAACUCUCAUCCUCGGUGCUCGCUUCGGGCAAGUCAAAGGCAUAGGGCAGAUAAAUGUGGCUAUAUGGAUGGUUUUAUUCAACAUCUCAUGCGGUCUGGGUCUAUAAAAUUAGAACAUCUGCCCCGCGUUUGUGUUCUUCGCGCGCACUACUGCUUGGCCGCAUUCCGCGCCGAACUAAGUAGUACCUCAUGUUUUUGUCCAAUUCUAUUAAAUAUCAGGAAAAUAUAUGGGAAAUAAUAUUUUAUUGAUUAACUAUGUGUUAUUUGUAAAACAAAUGGUACAUUGUUUUUUAUGAAAACGUCUUAAAAAUAUAUUAGUUUAAAUUAUCCCGCCUGGCCCAGCCUUGGCGGAGGAAUACAAGUACUCAUCAGUUUCCCGCCAAACAAGAGUCCUGAGCGCUCGAACACGGACGAGUGUUGCCUUUACUCGUGCUUAUUUGGGUGUUUUGUGAGUGAUUUGAAGUGUACAAGUGACUGAUAGACGUAAACUCAUUAUAGAAGUGUUGCUCGAGGAUAACGAUGUUUCCUAGAGUAGGUGAAAAGCGUCGGAUUGACGAUAUUGGCAUCGAAGACGAAGAAGCCAUCGGUUCGCUGUGCAGGUUGGGUGGACGACCAGUGUCGCCAAAGACAGCUAUGGAACAGGAGAAGCGUAUUCGGCGUGAGAUAGCCAACAGCAACGAACGGAGGCGGAUGCAGAGUAUUAACGCAGGGUUUGCUUCACUCAAGACUUUGCUGCCACACCACGAGGGAGAGAAGCUCAGUAAGGCUGCCAUCCUGCAGCAAACAGCUGAAUACAUAUAUCAGCUGGAGCAAGAGAAGACACGCCUCUUGUCCCAAAACUGUCAGCUCAAGCGCCAUCUCAACCAACAGCAGCAUCACGCAGACGUUGAAGGUAGCCCAACAGGCGGUGAGAGUCCAUGUGACGAUGGAGGCAGCAGUGGAGGAGAAGCAGUAGUUAUUAGUACGCAAGUGGAUAGUGGUCCUGCCACCGAAGAGUUGCGUCGUGAGAUGAUUGACCUUCGGAUGCAGCUGGAUAGAGAACGACGCCAUCGUAUGUCACUUGAAGAACACCUCCGCUCUGUUGACGCACAGACAUAUCCUGAACGCAUCAAAGAAAUCUCGGUGCAGAAAGUGGAAAUUUGCGAUCCCAAAAUUGAUUCGCUAACAAUUCCGGGAUCAAUUUUGGGGCCAACAUCGGGGGGUAUUUUGGGGGCAGGCCUUAUACCUGUAACGGGACAUGUGACAAGUGUUGUCGAGGUGAGCACAACACCACGACCAGCCAUCACCACUCCCAUUAAAACUGAGCCACUAAGUCCACAUCAGGCUCAUCAUCACCAGCACCAGCUUCAUCCAGCGGGCCCUACCACGACAACUUCCACAACCACUCCAGUUGCUGCCAUUGCCACUACUACAUCUUCUGUUGCCUCUAUGACUACAAUCACCACCAGCAUUGGUCAGCCAUCACUACGCCAGGCAGCAACUACUGUUCUCAGUCGUCAGCCUUUAACUCCAAAUUCACACAGUCAAAUACCUGCAACUGUUGUUUCGGGAAGCCCAGCGACAACCAUUGUCACUGUCGUACCAUCGUCGAAGGGUGGGGUUGACGCAUUGCCUUCAGUCUUUGAGGCACUGAACGCUACGGGUCGGUUUGGAGCCAAAGUUGAGGUCGAGCCUGAACCUAGAGUUCCGUCCCCUGAAGCCACCAUAGAAUAUGUAGACGAUACCAAGAACCAUACGGUGUAUAUUGUGAACUCGACAAAUGCUGCUUGUCAGAAAUCUCUCGAUACAAUUUGUGAGGCUAUACGUCACUUGGAGGGUGACCACAUGUUCCAGACAGAGGACCAACAUCCACGCAUCGAAGAAGAGAUAAUUACAGAAGAAACGCUAACGAUUGAAGACCACACUGGUCUUGGAGAAGAGCAGGUACCAGUAACUCUUGGGAGUGGACAGGUGACCCUUGCUGGGGACAAUGAACCAAUUACCCUGCAUAUGGUAGGAGAACCUCAAGAAGUUCCUCUUGAACUAACCACAACCCAUCGUCCCACUCAGCACUCGACGAGCCUCUCUAACACGAGUCGACUACCCCAGCAAUCUACCAUUAAUCUCACUGCCAAUAGUCGUUUGGCUCUGCAUCCUGCAACUAAUGUCUCCAAUUUAUCAACCAGCACGAGGGUUUCACAGCAGCUGCCUAAUCAUGCCACUGCAAGCAUCGAGGCAGUACCUAUUUCUAGUAUUUCUACCAACACAUCUUCCAUUUCCUCAUCUUCGUCAAAUUUACUACAGGCAACAAGACCAGGUGUCAUUGUGGUGAAACAUCCAUAAAAUUAUUACUUAAGACCUCGUGUGUGGGUCAGCUGUGUUAAUAAGCUAAGGAAUUUAAAUUAUGCUACUGUUAACUGCAAGUCUUGAACAACUUGGUGUUUUCUAAAUGCGGUUAUGGACUCUGCUCUCUCAUGCUUGACUUGUGGAACUUGCUAUGAUACUAAACUGUGCAGCAAAAUAAGUAAGAUAGUGUUUUACACUGUAUGGCAUUUUUGAGUGAGUGGUCAGGUAGUAAUACCUGAAUUGUAAAACUUGUACAUAGCAGUUUUCGGUGUAUAAAGUGUAGGUUAAGCGUUUGGAGAUCUGACAAGUCACCAGAUGCACCAAAAGUGACUGGCAGAAUCUCAUGUGUCAUCUGCUUGAUUGUUCUGCUUGGAUGAAACGUGUUGUCACAUUUAUAUGUAGUGUUUGGGCAGGGCUUUCACCACAAACGAGGCCCUAUGUAGGCAGUUGCAAUCUGGAUCCAUACUUUUUAAAGCAGAGCUUUGGGUAUGAACAGUGCUAAGGUGUCUUUUGCUUUUGGUUUAUAUAUAUAUUUUUUUUUGUUGGCUGUAUAUCAAAAGAUAAAUCCAUUAAUACUGUUGGGUGACAGCUAUCCUGGGCAUGCUACACGGAGACAUAUCUGGCUUAGAACUAGAGAUCAUUAAAACUGAAAUUUUAGCGUAGCAUAUAUGCUUUUCAGUUAGUGCAGAGGUUUUGGUCAAUUGUUGCCAGAUCUACAGCAAUUUGUUGUCAAUUUUAUAUUUACCAAUACUGUACUAUAUAAUGUAAUUUAAAAAGAAUGCUUUUGUAAUUUGGUACACCAUAAGGAAAAGGGGCUUCUCUAAAGUAAGCUAGGUAGUUAUCCUUUAAUUAACUUCAUAAUCUGGUCCUGUAAGAGCUGGGGUAACCAGUGACUGGUGAUGGCAAAUAUACUUUCAAUUUAGUCCCUCGUCGGUAUUUGUAGUUUAUGGAAGUUAUGCACGUAAUUUUCAUGCUUGUUGUGGGACAUUAUUAUUUUUUACCGGUGAUUUUGAGAAAGACCAUAACAAGAAAAUCUGUAGGAGCUGCCAUGAGGAUUGGAACCUAUACGCUGAGGUGUUCCCAGGCACACACUCCAGAUAACUAGGCCAUAACCUAGUUAAAAGAUUGCAACGUGGGGUUCUACUGCACCCCCACGAGGAUUCCUGAGGUUUCCACUGAAGCCGAACCAGAGUUUCACAAUCCCGCCCCCCCCCCAUGCACUCUGGCUCUGUCAUCUAGGAAUGUUCCACCUCUGAUGCUCCUCUUUCAAAACAUAGAGAGUAAUCACAACAAAGUGAUGCAUCAGUGAGAAAAUCCAUAGAGGCAGUGAUGAGGAUUCGAACCUAUGCGCUGGGUGUUCCCAGGCUGGGUGGUGGUUGGAGCACGUGCCUGGGAACACCCAGCACAUACGUUCGAAUCUUCAUCAUGGCUUCUACAGAUGUUAAUACAUCAUGUUAGUGUGAUUAGUUUGUGCAUUGAAAGAGAAGCCUCAGAGGUAGAACAUUCCUGGAUGACAGAGCCAGAGUGCUCUGGCACUCUGGGGGGAAGGGAUUUGUGUGAAAAGCUGGUUUGGCUUCAGUGGAAGCCUCGGGAAUCCUUGUGGGGUGCAGUAGUACCCCUAGGUUGCAAUACUUUUACCAUGUCCUGGCCUAGUUGUCUGGAGCGUGUGCCUGUUAACACCCAGCACAUAGGUUUGAAUCCUCUUCACGGCCUCCACGGAGUUUCUUAAUGAUGCAUCACAUUAGUGUGAUUACUCUGUGUACAGUAACGAGAAUCUGGAAACUACCAGUAAUGAAGGAUAUGUAGUUGUCAGCCACCGUGUAUGAUCUAGAUAUUUUUUGAGUUCAUCGACGUGUUUGUGUAAUACUUUUAAUAACUUUGGACCUUGCUAUUAAAUAGCACGUAUAUAUAUCCCUAUGAUAUGUUUGUUAAUGAUUAGUGCUUUCAAAUUAUGUUUCUUUUGGAAAAUCGAAACAUAUAAAACCCCAAAAUUCUAUUCCUUUGAGGCCAAGCCUUCCGUGUGAAACUCACUUUAAUAACUCCUACAAAAUACAUCAAACCAAAUAUUUUGUUGACAUGUAUGGGCUAUUUACAUAAAGUUGUGUUCUCUUUUGUUGCCUCUAUUAAAAAUGGAAACAUUUUGAUUUCUUGGUUUUAGAGUGUAAAUCACUAAUGAGAAGUUUUGUUUGUUGUAUGGUACAGUUUCCUAUUGACAUAAAUUUGGGAAAUAAAUGUAAAUAAUGUACAUUUAUUGUACAAAUGCUCAAAAAUGGGAGUGUGAAAAUUAAACUUAAUUUAUUGUUCACGAUAUUAAAGAUAAAAAGUCGAUAAAUUGACAUUUGAUUUGAUAUUAUAUGACCAUUUCAAUGAAUGUAGGCAUGGGUUUAAGUCGGUGUCCUAUUAGCUCAUUACAUUAAAAAAAAUAUCUGCAUAAAUUUUAAAAGGACACUCCCAGACUAUAGUUGUCCUUGGUAACUUCAGCAAAUAUGAGUUAUUGUGAUUGUGAUGUACCUUGGUAGAGGAUGCAUGGUUGUAGGUUUGCUCCAAACUAGCAAUGUGUAGGGAUUUACCUCCUUUUCAUUCCCAAAGUUCUUUGUGAAUUGAAAGAGCUGUGUGCACAUUAUAACAGGUUUGGAUGCCAUUCUCAUGCCCCCUAGUGUAUCCUGGAUGUUACAUUAUUCUAUAUUACAUAGAAAUGUUGGUUUUGUAUAUUUGGAGAUAUACAAAUACAAAAGAUACACCCCACUUGUAUGUAGAUAAUUAAUAGGGAUUGGGAAAAUUAGAUUUUUAUAUCGAUACAAUGUUACGGAGGGUACAGUUUACAGGUGCUUGUUUCUCUGUGUUUUACUGCUAGAACACCAUCCAAUAUGUAUGUCAAAAGUGGAAGUGGUAAUGAAAUACUGUACAUACAGCAUAUUUACAUUUGUUGGUAUGCAAUGCAGUUUAAUUUCUCUCCCAUUAGUGUAUAUAAAAAUUGGAAUACCUUAACAAAAGUACAAGGCAGCUUGCACGUAAGUGUAUUAUAUUAAUUUUUUUUAAUUGAAGCAAUCUUAAGUGAAUAAUCAGUGCAGUGUGGACAAGUCAAAUUUAGUUUUAUAUUUUGGCCAGAGUAUAAUGUUAAUUCCAUUAGAAUGUUGUUAACAUUUAAAAAUGGUACAUGUGCUUGGCCAAGAAAAGCUUAUUUUUAAUGGCAGUUACAUAGUAACAAGUUGCUUCUGUGGAGCAUUAUGUACUAGCUGUACUCAAUAUGUAUAAACAUAACAAAUGUACAGAGCAAAUUAGCAUUAACUAUUAGUAAGGGAAGGGGUCCAGUCAUGUGUCCAGGAUAGAAAUUGCAUUGAUAAUAUGAAAAUGUUCCCAUGCCACUUGAAGUUGAAAGCAUUUUGAGGUCGGCUUCCUGUGCUCUACCUUGGCCAGUUUGUGCACCAGUUUCUUCAAGAGAAUAUUAACAUGAUUGAAUUGAAAAUUUGUGUGAAUGUGCCACCUGGUAUAUUUUGAGAUUUGCUCUUGUGAUUUUGAUACUUUUUUAAUUAAAAGAAAAUCACUCGGCUGAGCUUUUGGCUGUCACGGGCCGCUUAUUUAGGGGAUAGGGUUUAUACUUAAUGACUUUUCAUUUAUAGGCCUUUCAGUCUUGUCAAAUAUAAACUUACUGGGAGGCUUCAGCAUUUGCUCAAGUAGGGUACUUCAGGACUAGUUCUGUUUUGGCACGGGAGGUAUCCCUGGUUGGUAUGUCAUGGGAUUUUGUACUGAGAAUGGAAUUUGGGUAGAUAAACCUUAUGCUAGUUUUAAGAGUUAGUCUUGGACCAUUGGAAGUUUGAACAUAUGCCAAAUUUUACUGUGUCAUCUCUUGUGCCAGAAAAGAACUUUGUCUUACCUCAUUACAAUUUUUGGAAGCAGUCCAUGGUGUCUUAAGCACCCAAUAGCAGCAUAGGGUUGAAGUUUUGCAGCUUGGGUGACUGGACAGCGAGUUGAAAAUUUGCAGUCUUCGUGUCAUAACAAAUUUACAAUUCAAUGUAGCAAUGUCCACAUUUUAAAGCAGUUAAAUGGGAGGAGAGGUAAGGCCAGUAAACACUUGAAGUCAAAUUCAGAUUUUAUAUUAAUUUUGUUUAGCUCCUCCAUAUUGAUACUGCCAGCUCUCACAUGCUGCUAUUGGCUGCUUGGUGUGGCUUUCAUAUUUUCUUAUUCUCAUUGAACAUUUGUAAUUAACUGUACAUUGAGUACAGUGUUAUUGUAGACAUUAUUACCAUAUUGCACAGUCAUGUGUAAACGUAAUCUGUGUGUUGAGGAACUUUUUUUUUUUUUUUUUAAAUCAAAGUUUUAAACUUUGAAGUUAGGUUUUGUGAAUGCACUGAUUGUGGGACAAGUUGGUGUGCGAGUUUUACAACUGGCAUAACAUAUGUAAGUGAGAGUAUUUGAACUGUCAAGUGUUUUCCAGAGAGGAACUAUUGGAGCUGGCAUAGAUCUAAUUCAGUACAGUAUUAAUGUUAGUAAACACUGCAAAACUGAUUUUGCUGUGAUCUUUCUUGCAGAAGGCAGAGUACAAAAUCAAAUUUCAAUAUAAUGGUUUAGAUGAAAUGUUUUUCAUCAAAAUUAUAAACAUUGCCACAAGGAAAGUAACAAAUGUCUAACUACUGUAUGUGCAUUAGUGUUUAAAGAAAAAUUCAGCGUGGUUGUCAAUUUUGAAACAGCCAUUGUGAACUUCUGCUAUAUGAAUCUCAAAUUAAGUGAUUAUUAACUUUAACAAAGGUCAGUCAUUGCUAACUACAUAUUUUAAUUAGCAACAACUUGCACUUGGUGUGCAAGGUAUUUGAAAGUACAAAUAUUUAUUACUUUUCUCCCAAGUUUUGAUAUGUUACUGUCCUUUGGAUGUCCAUAUUUUCUCCUGAAAAGCUAAAAAACUGCCAGUAAAUUUUAAGGAGUAGAAUGUGAAAGUUUUGAUUUUUAAGUUUUGGGGAAAAUGUAGACUUCCACUGGAGUGAAAUGCAAAGGUCUAAUACUCUCACUGUCAUAUGCAAACAUAUUGUGUAUAGAUGGUGUUUUUUUUCUUCUACAGUGAUGGUAAAAUGGUGUUGACACCGGUGUUGAGUGCUGCAACAUGUUUGUAAUUAUGCUCCCACUUGUGUAUGCAGGUCGUUACUGCAGUGAUGAAAAAGUUCCCAUUACAUUGAGAUUUCACAUAGUGCAGUAACAGGAACCCAGAACUCUGCUGUCAAACAUUUGUAUAUAAUUAGGCUGGAUUGCUGCAGUGAUGUUACCCAGUGCUUUGGCCACCACUUGUCUGCAGGCUGACUCCUUAAAAAAACCAAAGAUUUGUACUUUUUGUUACCCUGUCAGUUUUGUGUCUUCAUUAAUAAUUGUACAUUUUGAGUUAAGUCUGAACCUCGCAAAAACUCCAAACCCAAACAUUUCCUAGCAGGCAUCUGCUUCAUUUUUUUUAAUCCAACUUUAUUUUCCUCACAAAUAUUAUAUAACUGGAGAUAUAAUAUGGAAAAAAGAU